AUGGCAGACAAUGAACAGUCUUCUUCUACCUAUGGCGCUAUUCCAAGUUACGUGCGACAGGUCAUUAAUACUAAAACACCACCACUUAGUCCAUUAAUGCUUCGUGUAAACAAGAGUACCAAUGCACUUAAAGGCUGGGAGUUUCCUGGAUGGGGAGAUAUUACCUCAACGGUAGCAAGUGACAGUGAACUAAAUGAGAUUCAAGCACAAUUAUCGAUACAUCAUCCAAAGCUUUCAGAAUGGCUGGCUACUGCUAUUUGUGGAAACGAUAUCUUGUCUAGCUGCUUGUAUGUGUCGGGACUCGUAGCAUCCAAAGCCGGCAAGCUGGCACCGAUAGCUCUUGCAGUUGUAGCAGGGAUAUUAUAUCUAUACCGGUUUAUUUAUGGAGAGGUCCUAAAUGCAAUACCACUCAAUGGAGGCUCAUAUAAUGUCCUGCUUAACACCACGUCCAAGCGCGUGGCUGCUAUGGCAGCAUCGCUUGCAAUCUUAUCGUACAUUGCCACGGGUGUCGUCUCCGGUACAUCGGCUUGUAACUACUUGGCAUCACACGUGCCAUCAUUGCAAAUUGUACCCGCUACCAUCGGGCUCCUCUUCAUUUUUGCGUUGCUAAGUUUAAUUGGCAUCACGGAAAGUGCAGUCGUGGCACUUGUCAUUUUUAUCAUCCAUGCCACGACAUUGACGGUGCUCUGCGUCCUAUCUAUGGUGUAUGUCGUGAAGGACGACUUUCAGACGCUAUGGGGAAAUUUUGGUACGGAAUUCUCAGACAUCAAUCUCGCGGGUGACAUUAUCUCCGGGAACUUUCUGACUGCAAUCUUCUUCGGCACGUCGACUGCUAUGCUUGGUAUAUCCGGCUUUGAAACGUCAUCACAGUUUGUCGAGGAGCAAGCUGAUGGCGUUUUUCCAAAGACCCUACGGAACAUGUGGUGGGGCGUAACUAUCUUCAACCCAAUGAUCUCUUUUCUGUCACUAGGUGUGCUUCCUCUCGAUGGACCUGGUGGCAUUGUGGACAGGAAAAACACCGUUUUAGCUGAAAUGGGACUAAAGGUUGCGGGCGAGAACAUGCAGUUAGUGGUUGCACUCGAUGCAUUCGUUGUAUUAUCGGGAGCUGUGCUGACGGCAUACGUAGGUAUUGUCGGCCUUGUCCGUCGACUGGCUAGUGAUCGUGUGGUACCGGAUUUCUUGCUUCAUGUGAACAAGGCGCGAGGCACAAACCACUACAUUAUCGUUGGGUAUUUCCUGGUGGCUACAAGUCUGGUACUGAUCUUGCAUGGAGACACAGAAACACUGUCAGGUGUGUACACGUACGCCUUUUUGGGUCUCAUGACGUUGUUCGGCAUUGGCUGCAUGCUGCUUAAGUUUAAACGCGCUGAGAUUCCGCGAACGGUGAUUGCGCCUUGGUGGAGCUGCAUCCUAGGAGUAUCAAUGGUGGUGACAACAUUCAUGGGAAACUUGCUGGGCGAUCCGACAAUUCUCACGUACUUCUUACUGUACUUUAUCACAGUGCUCUCACUUGUGUACAUCAUGUUUGAGCGCACCUUUCUGUUGCGAAUGUGUCUUUACUGCAUGCGUCAAUUGUGCCCAUCUCAACGCAGUAACGAUGAGAAUGAAACGCACUCGCUACGCACGGGUGCCCGCGGUGGUCAGACAAUCGCCCGGUUCAUUCGCGAAAUCAACGAGCCUGCCGUUUUCUUCUUCUGUAAAACCCCGAACCUUAACAUCAUCAACAAGGCUAUCCUGUACGUGCGCACUAAUGAACAAACGCACACGCUGUUCAUCGUGCACUGUCAUCCCCGUGGAACGAACGUGCCUGAAGGCUUCAAGGAGACGGUGUCCAUGUUUGAUCACGUAUACCUUAAAAUCAAGCUCAACUUUCUCAGCGUUGAGGGCCCGUUUGGACCCGCCAUGGUCGAGUGGGUGUCCCGCAAAUAUAAGCAACCCAAGAACCACAUGUUCAUCAAGCAGCCCAACUACAACUUCGCUCACACAAUCGCUGCUCUUGGUGGUGUGCGUGUAAUCACUGGAUAA